AUGUGUAUUAAAAUUGAGUGUAUUUUUGAAUUUGAUUCAUUACCUUCAAUACUAAAAUCUAAACAUAGAAAAGUUGCUUCUCAAGAUGGAUGUCUAUGGAUGACAGACGAUACACUUAUUAUCAAACCUGCAAAUAUUAUAUCAAAGGUAGAUAUCUGGUUAACUGAUAUUAGUGAACCUAGUAAUUUUUCACAUUUUAUAACUGAAAUUGUGUAUUAUAUUAAUGGGUGGUGGAUUACACGAUCAAUUGAUUUACGACAUCACCAUCCUGUUGAAUAUAUAACUAUUCAAAACCCACCUUCUAAUUUACCUACAUAUAGAUUUUUUUUAGAUAUUUACAUUGACAAGUUUGGUCCAUUUCGUAAUGCUUACCAUGCCAUUGGUGGUAUUUAUUUACAAAUUGGUAACAUGAAACAAAUUUUACGGCAAAAACUUAAAAACCAUUUUCUUUAUGGUUUUAUUCCUUACGCAGCUGCAAGUGACGAAGUGCUUCAACCAAUUAUUAAGGAUAUUCAAGAACUUGAGCGUGGAUACGAAUUAGAAAUUAAUAAUCAACGCGUAUGGGUCACUGGUGGAUUAGGUGUUAUUACUAGUGAUUUACCAGAAGGUAAUGAACAAGCAGGAGUAAAGAAUCAUAAUGCAUAUUAUGGAUGUCGUAACUGUAUGAUUCACCAUAAUAAUUUACAUGAUAUUUCUUUUGAUAUUGCAAAAUAUGGACGGUAUCAUCACAAGACCACAUUACAAUUUGCUGAAGUAAGAAAUACACAAACUCAAACUGAACGAGAUUUUCUUACUAUGGAAUAUGGUAUUCAAGAAAAUCCUUCUGUCUUUGAUAACGUUAUGCGUGAUCGGCAUUUUCAGUGUCCACAUGAUGCAUUUCACUGCAUAGGUGGCAUAGUUAAAGAAAUGCUCCAAGCAACUUUUGAAAUAUUAACUGCAGUGGGAGAGGAAGAAUUUUUGAAAACUUGGCGUAACUUUGAAUUUCCUUCAACUUGGUCUCGCCAACAAAAUCCAAUCACCCAUUUAGGCUCGUACUUUUUUUCUGACUAUCUUCGUUUAAGCAUGAUUAUGCCAUUUCUUAUUAAUCGAGCAAUAACUAAUGUUACAUUGUUAAACAAGCCGUUUACUGAACAUUUAAUUAAAGUAUACAAUAUUACAAAAAAUCAGGUGAUAGAUCGGUUGCUAAACUUAUGGGUUUCUUUUUCCAAAAUGGUAUAUUUGGUAUUUCACAAAGAAUUUUCUGAAAAUUGUUACAAUAAUUUGCAACAAAGUUUAAUGCAAUGGGCUAUACAAGUUGCAAAGAUUUUUCCUAAUAUUACCCGACUACCAAAUUUUCAUAUUCAAUGUCAUUUUAUUAUGCAUGCAAAAAAUUUUGCAACACUAGUAAACACGGCUGUUCCCACAAAGGAAAUGAUGCACAGAUUAUAUAAAGGCAUCGUUCCUCAUUCAAAUAAAAAGGAUAUUGAACUAGACUUUGUACAUCGGGAUAACUGCUUACAAACCCUGCGAUUUUUAUUAGAUGGAGGCACUGAUGAAAGGUAUAAUUCAAUAAAACAAUUUGAUUUUAAUAUGUUAUCAAAAGAUUAUUGUAUACACCUACUUCUUAAUUUAUGGUAUAUUUCGCCGCAAAUGAUUGAUUUGGAAUAUGAAAAGGAUACAAAUAUUUCACAAAUAACAUGUAUGGAUGAAAGUUAUAUCAAUAUGAGAGUUCAAGGAAGAUAUAAAAAGAAUGAUUUACGAGCUGCUGGCUUAGAAGGUAUUCUUAAUGAUAAUUUAUUUUCUGAACUUGAAUGCGCAUAUCAAGAAGAACUUAAUUGUAUUAAACAUAUUGCAUCACGAAAGGUAAAAUACUUUAAAAGUAUUAGUUAUUCUAUAAUUGAGAAUAACAAUCAAAUUGACGUGAAUCUUCGUGUUGGUGAUAUUAUUAAUGUUCUGGAAGAUAUAUCGACUGAUACAAUUAAUGAUGGUGAAAAUGAAGCAACAACAAUAGUUUCUUAUGCGCGAAUUCAGGCAAUUUUUCUUCAUACUAAAGAUCAAUUAGAAAUUCCUUUUUUAAUAUUAGAUUGGUUUAUUUCAUUAAAUACUAAUGAUUCAAAAUUGGAUUGUUCACGUUAUAGACUUCAACGAUCAGCUGAUCACACAUGGCGUCAAAUUUAUGUAGUUAAAUGGGUGGAUCAUCAACCAAAUGUGCAUUUUGUACAUCAAUGUCGAAAAUCAGUAAUUAAAACACCUGAUUUGACUAAACCAGCAAAAGCAAUUAUCUUAGAAAAAAUACCAGCUUACUUUGAAUUUGAUGAUUUAGUAUUGCAAAAAGUUUGCAAAACAGUUGGUUUAGUGGUUCGUACUAAAUAUGAAUUGUCUUAUAAAGCAGAAAAAGGAACAGGAGCUGGUACAAUUUUAGAAGAAGAAGAGGACUUUGAAGAAUUUAUAAGGGAGUACCAUAGAUUGACUAUUUCUGAUAAGACUUUAUUGAUUACAGCAACUGUUAAACAAAAAGAAAAGGCAAAAAGAAAAAAGAAGAGUUUAGAGAUAUCAGAUGGUAAUGAAUCUGUGAGCGAAGAUGAUGAAUUGGAACUAACUGCCAAGUAA